UGGCUUUCAAGGUGGUCGAAACUUAGAAAAUUCUGAGCUCAUUCAUCUGAAGCCUGAGCUCUCGACAGCUAACAAAAUAGCAAGUAACUUGGUGCAAUCACUCCUGUUUGUUCUUCUGCUUCAACUUUCUGUCUGCACUUGCAAAACCCACCUCUCUUGCCUUGCAAUUUCUUGUUUUUCCUAUGCUUUAGCUUCGUUAGUUUUUGCUUGUAAACUGUUUGUUCUGGUACUUGAGAGAGAACCUAAAGUGUUUUUUCUUUUUUUUUUUGGGUUUAGUUUGAUAGUAGAAUUUGAGAAAGCAUAGAAUACAAUGGAUGGAAGAUUAGCGAAUACAUGGAGAUUAACAGUGAACGAGAAGAAAUUCAUAGAGACUGCUUUGGCUUCAAACCUUAGAAUUGAUGGUCGCAAUCCUCUUGAGUAUCGUAAAAUUACCAUCAAGUUUGGCAGAGAAGAUGGGUCAUCAGAGGUGCAGCUAGGACAGACUCAUGUAAUGGGUUUUGUGACAGGUCAAUUAGUUCAACCUUAUCAAGACCGACGGAAUGAAGGGAUGCUUUUGAUUUUCACAGAAUUCUCUCCAAUGGCUGAUCCUUCAUUUGAGCCAGGCCACCCUGGGGAAUCUGCAGUGGAGUUGGGUCGAAUAGUAGAUCGUGGUCUAAGGGAGAGCAGGGCUGUGGAUACAGAAUCUCUUUGUGUUCUUUCAGGAAAAUUAGUGUGGGCCAUUCGUAUUGACCUUCAUAUCUUAGAUAAUGGGGGAAAUCUUGUUGAUGCUGCCAAUAUUGCUGCUUUGGCUGCUCUCUUAACAUUUCGAAGACCAGAAUGCACUUUAGGUGGUGAUGAUGGUCAAGAAGUAACAGUACAUCCACCAGAGGAAAGAGAACCGCUUCCUUUGAUAGUCCACCAUCUCCCUAUAGCAAUAACUUUUGCAUUUUUAGGUAGUGAGGGCAAAAUGGUGGUUGAUCCUACUCACAGUGAGGAGGCUGUUAUGGGUGGAAGAAUGACUGUAACAGUUAAUGCAAUUGGUGAUAUUUGCUCAAUUCAGAAAGCUGGAGGGGAGGGUGUGCCACAGAGUGUUAUUAUGCAUUGUUUGCAACUUGCUUCUAUGAGUGCUGAAUCCAUAACAAAGAAGAUAAAUAAUGCAGUUGAAGCAUACAGCACAGAGAGAGCAUUUCGCAAGAUCAAGCGCCACCCUACUUCUGCUGCUGGCAAUGUUAGUGUAGCUGUUUGUGAUGAAAAAGAGCAAAAUAAAACUGUCGAGCAGGUGGGAGGUAGUGAGUUGUCAAGGCAUCAUAUAGAGAGAUUGAGGCUGGUAUCUGAGGAAACCUGCAGCAGUAGAAGUAAUGACAAUGAUGGUGAUAUCAAAUCAUCUGAACAAGGUGGAACAAGUCGAGGAGAGAGCAAUGCUGUGAGUUUUCCCGGGGGUCCAUCAAGCUGGGAUCCUUAUUUGAAGGGUGUUGAUGAUGAUUCCCUGAAAGCUAAUGUAGCCUCACGCGGAAUAUCAACGCAGCAUAUGGAACAAAAAGAAAGCAAGGAAAAUAGUCCCAAAAUGGACACAGAGAAACCAACAGAAGAUAUUAAACAAGCCACUUUAGCUACAGAUACAUCUGGAACUGCACUGGAAACGAAUGGAGAGAAAACUUUGAAGGAUGCUGUGAAGCCCAAGAACAAGAGGAGAAAGAGGGCUUCCAGCAUGAAUGCAAGUUAGAUGAACUUCUGAGCAGAAAACAUCUACCUUGCAAAUUCUUGAAACAUGCUUCCUUCAAUCCAUUUGUUAUGGUGGAGGGUCACUGGUGUUGAAAUCUUUUACUUCAUAUUCAACAGUAGAAGACAAUGAAUCAGCAGCAGCCAGGAUAUACAGAAGUGAAGACCUGAAAGAAGCUUUUCUAAACUCUCUGAAUGUUUCUCUUGCUAAUGCUAAUGGAGUUUUGCAUGUUGUGUUGGCUGCGUGAGUGUUGUCACCAACUUUGCUUGUGCUGCUUAAGUUGCCCAUUGUUCGGCCAUUUAUUGCUUUGGAAUUUUGGAUAGGAGGUUUAACUUUUUAGAUGCUGUUUCAGUGGCAAUGGAGCUUUGCUUUGACGCCAUAUGCCGCAUCUUACUGUGUUCAAGUAUUUUUGUUUCCUUAAUACAUAUAGUUAGGUAGAGGAAUGAAUUCAAAUUGUCAUUCUCCUCUGUAGAGAAGAAGUGUGAUUUAAUCAGGUAUCUCUUGGCUGCCAAUCUCUUCUCGAGGGGUUGGUCGGUUGGUUUGUUUCGCCGUAUUCAUCAUUGAAUAGGAGGAGGCAUUCUCUGUUUCAAGCAAUACAGGAAUAGGAAACAUCCAUUCAACCAAGCCUGGUGCAAAACCUGAUAUGCAAGUCGCUCUGCUGAUUAUCUAUCAUUCCAUUUCUUUACA